AUGAAGAAGACCCGCGUAUCGCAACAAAAAAGCCGUGGAGGGUGCAACACGUGCAAGCGAAACAAGAUCAAAUGCGACGAGCACAAACCGCACUGCCACAAUUGUCUUUCCCGAGGAAUAGAGUGCGGAGGUUACACAAAAGUGUUCAAGUUCAAGGAGAUCAAAUCUGCCCGUGGGGGCAGAGCAAACAGCGCCAGCAACUCCGAAGAUACGGACAUUUUUCAGUUGCAGCCAUCUGACUCCCAACUGUCGCAGGUGUUCCACCACGCCGCCCAGUCCAUCACCGGGAAGACGUGUGAACAGCUUGUUCUGGAGCAGCAUUUGGCGAGGAAGGGGAAGAAUCCGCGGCUGGCGUCGGAGCUCGAGACCGUGCUCAGGGAGUUCCGCGGCAAGCCGAGUGUCUCGCUCUGCCCAUCGAGCAGCUCAGAUUGGCUUGUGAAGGAGCAGAGCCCGUUCCUAUUCGAGGUGCCCCAACUUCCGUAUUCGUUUGCACAUCAUCACAAAACGCAGUUUGUGUACAACAGUUUCGACGUGUCCACUUCCAACGUGCUGUGUGUCUAUGUUGCGUCGCAUCUGAAUCCCUGGCGCACAGAAAUUAUGCCGCUAGCCGACAAAUAUCCGAUAAUUUUCGAUCUGCUAGGGAUGAUUGUGUGCUCGCACCUGGGCGCGAAAAAUCCAGACUUCAAGGCCAUGGGGCUGGAAUUCAAGGUGCGCGCGUACCACCAGCUCUCCCGCGGACUCACAAACAACCUCUUUCCUAACGACAUCUGUCUGAUGAGCUGCAUUUUGCUUGCCUUGGACGAGUUCUGGGACAACAAGUCUCGCACAGACCUUUCGCAUCUGCGGAGCGCGUCGUAUUUUGUCGACCGUCGGCUGCGCAGCAAGACGCCGGACCCGCGAUUCCAGUUCCUGCUGAGCGCGUGGCAAUACAUGCGGGUGAUUUCACGAACCACGCUGCUGAAUCCAGCCCUAGGCUUCAGAUCCGCGUACCAGCCGCGUCUGGUUAGCGACGGCCAAACCAUAGACCAUAUAAUGGGCAUGUCGCAGGAGCUGUUUGCGAUCCUAGACUCGCUUAUUGACGCGAUCGAGCUCGUCAAGAACGUUCCUGAGCACGCUUAUCCUCCGGACUUGAUUGAAAAAGUUCGGGGACUGCAGUACAGCCUUGUUCACUGGGAGCCUCCAAAGGACGGCUUGGAACUGUGGACGGCUGAAGAAGUGGCCGACCACAAAGUCACUGCGCAAAGCUACCGCUACGCCACGCUGAUUCUUCUCCAGAACGCGUUCCCGCAGGUGGAACGGUACCUUGGUCCGCGAGAGCUGUCUUUCAGAGUGCGCGAGGAACUGUCGACGCUGCGGCUGUCGGGCGGCGCGUCGGUCGUGAUGCAUGUGUUCCCGCUGUUCAUGGCUGCGUGCGAAGCUUUCACGGCGGCCGAAAAACAGUGGUUCCGCACCAAAACGGCAGCCGUUUUCGACGCAAUCUCAUCGAACAACAUCAAGCGGAUGACCAGCGUCAUGGAAGAGGUCUGGAAGCGCAAGUGCCUGCUGAAGACGCAUUACGAGUCGCUGAACAUGCCUGUUGCUCCAGACGACCAUCUUUUGAGCGGCCUCAAGAGCUAUGCCAGCUGGUUUACGGUAGCUGCAGACUGGAAAAUCGAUAUUUUUGUGGGGUAG